AUGCUUUGCUGCUACCUCGCCAUCAUGGAGUCCGGAAUCGCCAUGUGGAAGGGCGUCAUGGCCGGCAAUCAUGCCGAUGAGAAGAAGCAUCGGGAGAAGUCCAUCGUAUCCUACGAGGACUUCGGCAAAGCGGCCUUCGGGAAGACAGGCGAGGCCAUGGUCCUCAUCAUCAUGGUCUCCUACUUCCUUGGGAUCGUUGCCAGCUUCGGCGUGCUCAUCGCUGAGGAGUUAGAGAACUUACUCGGCCAGCUCACCAAGAAGCAGUGGCUGAUGGCCUUUUCACCAGUGAUGGUGAUCAUGUCUCUUCUGCCGAACAUCACGGCGAUUGCAAAGAUGACUCCCAUCGCUGUGUCCUCCAUCGUGGUUCUUGUGGUCGUGAUCCUCACCAAGUCAGUCUUGGACGCCCAACGAUGGCAGGAUUGGCCUGACCUGGACGCAGCGAAACUGCACCGAGCCUGGCCGGAAAGUUCCAUGGCCAUGGGCUCCGUCGUCGCAAGCUUGUUUGGAGCUUUCGGCGUCAACGGCAAUGUGCCAUCCAUCCUUUGUGAGAUGAACGACCCCAUGGAGUUUCCAUUUGCUUACAAACUCGCAAUGACAAUUGUCCUUGUCAUCUACGCGUCGGUGAUGCUCUGUGGGUACUACGGCUACGGUGAGUUCAUGCAAUCCGACAUCGUGAAAUCCAUGACCUCCUUUCCGGCCUCCGAAGAGCAGGCCCUGAACGUGAGCUUUGACGACUGGACUGGGCCGAAAGCGCUGGUCCUCAGGGCCAUUUGUGCCUCGCUCCUACUCAUCAAGCUCAUCAUCGGCAUGCCCUUGAAUAUGAUGGUGAUUGUCUAUUCGUUCCAAACCUACGAUGGAACAAAAGAUUAUUUCCCAGCCGGCAGCGUGGCCAACAAGAUCAUGCGCAUCAGCAUGGUGAUCAUUGCCUUGGUCAUCGGCCUGUUUGUGACCAACUUCAACAAUCUGUUCUCCCUGGUCUGCUCUGUGUUUGGCCCCUUGUUGCAGUGCUUUCUUCCGCUGUUCCUGAGCUACAAAAUCCGCAAGUUGCACGGUGCUCACAUGUCAAGCCUGGUACGCCGGCUUGCUCAUGCCCUCAUCUUCCUGCUCGGCGCUUACUCGCUCAGCAUUGGCUUUUACCAAUCUCUCCAGGCAAUCACCAAUCCAGAGUGA